CAUUCAACAUGGCCACUGCCAUGAACAUCAGUUGUUUCGGUUAUCCCAGAGAAGGAGUACACAUAGACUAUUGGAAAAAAAUAUAAUUAUAGUUUAUACGUCUGUGAUUUGUAAUUCAAUUCAUUAAAGGAGAUAAUAGUUAUUGAUUUUAUUUUCUCGUAAAUGAAACAAGUGACCUCCAACAUAAUUUUUGUAAUAAAAAAUAUUUCAUUUACGUUUUCUUAUAUCUAAAAUAAAUAGCAUAAAAUGCCUAAAAAAUCUAAUAAAACUUUUUGGGGAGGACUGGGCCGCGCUGGUAACGCCGAAGAAAAACAUUAUUUUGGACAUGAUGAUAGAAUGGGUCGUUCGAAUGAUGGUCCAAAAUAUAUGAAUAAUAAACCUCGUGUGUCAUUCAAAAAACAAACUUAUAAAUCAGGACGAAUGAGAAAUCUUAUAAAACCACACUUUGAUGACGAUGUAUUAAUGUCAGCUAGUUCAAAUAAUAACAGUCGUCAAGUAAUUAAUAGAGGUAGAGGUAAAAGUUUUAUCAGAGGAAGAAAUAGUCCAUUACCUCACAAUGAUAUGAGAGAUAGUCGAUCAAGGCAAAUACCUAUUAGUUUAUCCAAUUGGUAUAAAGUAAUUAUUUUACAUGGAAAAAAUUACACGAAAGAGUUUGUACUUGGCAGUUUACUAAGUUACACAGCACCUUUUUCAUUUAUUCCUAUAAUGUACCAAAUUGUUGGAACUGAUGCAAUUUUCUAUGUUGAGGAUCAUAGAAUUGCAACAAAGAUAGUAGAUUGUGAUAAAAGAAUAACAACAAGUGAUGGCUUCAAAAUGCAAAUUAGAGUUAGACCUGGAGUUCCUCCUAUUCAAAUUAGUGAUGCUCUCAAAGAGAGAUUAAAACAAGCUAUGGGUAAGAGAUAUGUUCAAGAAACAAAUGCGUUAGAUUUAUCCAAAUUUUAUCAUGAUCCGGAAUUAGCUGGAGAUUAUUGGUGCCCUCUAGCUCGACCUAAUAUGCUAAUGGCUGUAUUGGAUAUUGUUCAAGAACACAUACCUAAUUUAGAAGCACUUAAUUUAGAUUCCAAUAAAAUGUGUCAUCUUGAUAAACUUAGUUCAUUAGCCAAUAAAUUUGAGAAAUUAAAAAUUCUUCACAUUGGUGAUAAUAAGAUAAAGGAAAUAAAUCAUUUAAAUGUACUAAAAAAUCUGCAAUUAGAAGAACUGAGAUUAGAAGGAAAUCCUAUGUGUAAUAAAUAUAAAAAUAGACAGGAUGAUUAUGUCAGUGACAUAAGAAAGAAGUUUCCUAAGCUUUUAAAGUUGGAUGGAAUAGAUUUACCACCUCCUAUUGUAUUUGAUGUAGAAGAACAUAAACUAAAACUACCAUCUACACAGAGAAUGUUUAUUGUUCAAUCAAAUGCAAAAGCUCAAGAAGUUGCUAGUCAAUUUCUCCAACAAUAUUUUUUAGUGUUUGAUAGUGAAAAUCGUCAACCACUACUUGACGCGUAUCAUGAGCACGCCUGUUUGAGUAUGACUGUAACUAUUACUCAAAGUUCUAGCAGAUUUAGUCAAUAUUUUAUUGAAAAUCGCAAUUUAUACAGAAUUAUAGAUUCAAAUAGAAGAAGGAAAUUAUUAAAACAAGGAAGAUUACCAGUAGUUUCUUUUAUAUCUGAAAUGCCACGCACAAAGCAUGAUUUAACCAGUUUUACAAUGGAUUUAAGUCUAGUCACUGAUAGAAUGAUGUUAAUUACUGUAACAGGUUUAUUUAAAGAAUUACAUAGCAAAGAUAAUAAGGAGCACUUAAGAUACUUCAAUCGGACUUUUAUUAUCGUUCCUGAAGGUGUAGGAUUCUGUAUAAGUAAUGAACAGUUGCACAUUAGUAAUCCAACUAUGAAUCAAGAAAAACAGUUUAGCAGUAUUCCUUUAAUUAUUCAACCGACUGCAGGACCUUCCACACCAUCAACACUAGUUAAUUCAGUACCAUUAACAGAAGAAGUAAAACAACAAAUGACUAUGACAUUAAGUCAGCAGACAAACAUGAAUAUUGAGUGGAGCUUAAAAUGUUUAGAAGAAGUACAAUGGAAUUUUGAAAAUGCUCGCGUAGCAUUUCAAGAAGCCUUCAGCUUAGGAAAAAUACCUCCUACUGCUUUUACAAAACAAGUUUAAGUUAAAUUUUUAUAAUCAGAAAUUUAUAAGAUAUUUCUGAAUUAAGAUGUAUAAUACUUGAAUAUCAUUUAAGACCAUUCGUGAUAUUCUUCAGGAUUAUCCAUAUUUUAUGUUUUAAUUUUGAGGCAAAUGAA